AUGUCCAACCCUGUUUCAGACGAAGUCGCAGAAGACUACAAAAGCUCUUUGGAGGACCUCACCAACAACGACAGAUUCCAAAUUAGCAAUUUGACAGUGAUCGCCAAAGAGAACACCGAGCAUGCCGAGGCGAUUUCGAAAGUGUUGGAGGAUCAUAUUCGAGCUACUCCCCCUCCACAGAAAUUGCCCGCCCUCUAUGUAGUUGAUUCCAUUGUGAAGAACGUGGGCACCCCAUACACCCUCUUCCUGGGACGAAAGAUGUACCAGACUUUUAUAAAUGCGUACACUCUAGUCGACGCCCAGACUCGACGGAAGCUGGAUGAAAUGCUUAAGACAUGGAAGGAGCCCGUUCCUGGCUCGUUAGACAAACGCCCGGUCUUUCCACCUCAUAUCACUCGGGACAUUGAAAACGCCCUAAUCAAGGCCCGGACGGCAUUUUUGCAGGCUCAACAACAGAGAGGUCAGCUAGAAAUCAAUCGAGCUCGUGGCAGCGUGACACCAACCGGGUGGACCAAUAGCCCAACACUGCCAGCCAUGUCUCGACCGAAUCAGCCAUAUGCCAACAAUGGACAAGGCAUUCCAAGCAUUGCGACACCCCCUCAAGCUCAUCGCCCUGAUUCGGAGUUGGCAUCAUUGCAUCGGGACCUGGAAGCCCUGGUCGCUUCGGCGCGAAAUGACUUUGGGAAUAAUCCAUUUAAUCAGACAAUCCAACAGCGGCUUAAGUCAUUGCUUGAUCUCCAGGGUAUUAUGCAACGCCAACAGCUUAGCCCAGAGGAGCGCAAGCUUGUUCGAGACCAGCUCGCCUCAUUGACCACUCCGCAGCCAGGACCUAGUGCAGCUCCUGUCCCAACACCACCGCCUCAACCCCCGGCUCAGUCGCUUCCCUCGAUGUUAAAUUCCGAAACCAUUGCAGAACUCCUCAAAGCGACUGGCGUUAACCAAACACCCCCUGCUCCCAUUCCUCCUCAGAUGCCCAACCUUCUCCCUCAAAUGCCUCAAAUGCCUCCUGCCAGUAGCACCCCGCAGCCAGCAGAGAGCCCCCUCAUCGCUGCCCUUAGAAUGCGAGGGCUACUACCUCCUGCAUCAGCACCACCGAUGAUGGGAUCCAACGCUACUCCUCCAGCAUCUCUCCCAUUCUUAAUUCCUGGUCAACUGCGAUCUACGCCACCAGUAUCAACCCCUCAAGCAUCCACCCCAGUUGGAGUUUCAUCGACAGUAUCUAUGGCCACUACCUCUAUGAAAAUCCCUCGAAUGGCACUAGUCGGUUCCCUCUACGAAGCAAAGUCAAACCGAUGUGGAACCUGUGGUAGCCGUUUUCCUGCCACCAAUGAAGGCAAAGAAAAGAAAGCCAGGCAUUUAGACUGGCACUUCAAAACAAAUCAACGCAUGGUUGAGGCUACCAAGCGAGCCCAGACUCGUAGUUGGUAUGUCGAUGAAGGGGAUUGGGUUCAAUCCCGCGAAGCCGACGAUGACCAAGGGACAGCUUAUUCUGAGGCCAAUGCCGAGGGAGCUGCUGGGGCUGACAACAAUGGUUCCAAACAAAGUCCACCAAAACAAUGGAUUCGGGCUCCCAAUGAUGCCAUGCUGCGCAACACCCCUUGUCCCAUUUGCCAGGAGAAAUUUGAGUCAACAUGGUCCGAAGAGGUGCAGGACUGGAUCUGGCAAGAUGCCGUUACAGUCACUGGUCGAGUCUACCACGCCAGCUGCUACGAUGAAGUUACAAAAGAUGGCCCUGCCCCUCGCAGUUUCACGCCUCAAGGGCGAACAGGGACACCGGACUCAGUGCUGGGCAAGCGAAAAGCAGAGGGCGUCGAAUCUCCUGGGCAGAAAGUGCGCAUCAAGACGGAACCAUGA